CGACAUGGCUUCAGGAGCUGCACCGGCGUUGUGAAGGAAAUAGCAGUUUGGAAGAAAAUUACAAACGGCAGUGUUAAGAGCAGACUGCGUAGGUGGCUCUUGUUGUGAGCUUUGUGUAUCCUGCACAUGUAGUAGAUGAUCCAGACACGUAGCCUGAAGGCUGCACUGCAACAAUGCCAGAGUCCUCCCUGGUCAAGGACAUUCACAGCAGCACGGCUGAAUGUAGAACGUCCCCCCUGAGGCAGUUUAGCCAAUCAUCGCUGCCACUGCACAGAAGCUCCUACAUGCUCAGUACCUUCUGCACAGAGCACAAUGUGCAAGAAUGUCUGUCACACAUCAAUCAGGAGGUGUCAUCUCUUGGCCUCACACCAGUUUGGACAGAGUCAGCCGACAGCUCAGAGCUGAAUGUUGUGGCUGUGCUCAAUUGCAUGUAUGACCUGAUUCAGCUGCACCGCAGGGGCGUCCGAACCCUGGAAAACAUGGAAGUGGAGCAGCUCAAGUCAAGCAGCAACGUGGACUUCCUGCAGCUCACAAGUGCCCGGCUUAAGGAGCAGCUUGAACUUUCCAAAAGGGAAAACACAGGACUCCUUGAGAAAGAACGGCAGCUACAGCUGAAAGUAAAAAGUUUGCAGAACUGCCUGAAAAAUGAAAAAGAAGAGGUGCAAAAACUUCAGAACAUAAUUGCAAGUCGAGCCAGUCAGUACAAUCACGAAAUGAAAAGGAAGGAAAGAGAAUUUAACAAACUGAAAGAGCGUCUGAAUCAACUUCUGGUUGACAAAAAGGAGAAGAAACAAGCUAUUGAUGUGUUAAACAACAUUGGAAGAGCUGAUGGGAAGAGAAGCCUCUGGAAAACUGAAAAGACAGAGGCAAAGCACGAGGGGGAAAUGUAUAAGACUCUGCUGAGCGACUAUGACACCCGACAGAGGGAGCUGGUGCUGGAAAAUGCGGAGUUGAGGAAAGUGUUGCAGCAGAUGAAAAAAGACAUGGUGUCCAUGUUAAGUUCAAGGAAACUGACUCUGAAAGGGGAUAAACAUGAAGGUGGCUGCAUACAGGCUGACUCAGAGGAGGAAGAGGAAGUGUUUGAUUCCAGUAAGGAAAGUGUAGAGCUGUAUUGUGUUCACGCUCGGGAGAAGCUGACCAACAGUAUUCGCCUCCAGUGGAGGAGACUCAAGAGCCAUGUAGAAAGACUGGACAGCCAAGCGUCUUUAGCACAAAUGGGUGAGAGUAAAAACCCUGAUGCUGUUCCACGAGAGACUCAUGAGGAGGAGAUGGACAGACUGAAGCUGGAGAUCCAGCAGUGCAAAGACUUUAUUCAGAAACAACAGCAGCUUCUGCAGCAGCAGCUCAGCUCUCCAUGUGAUGAGGAGACAGCAUCCCUGCUGAGCAACUGCUACAUGUUGCAGGAGAAAGAGCGCCUCCGAGAGGAGUGGAAGACUCUAGACGAACAGAGAAAGAUCUUUGAGAGGGAGAGGAGGAACUUUACAGAAGCAGCCAUCAGACUGAGCCAUGAGAGGAAGGCUUUCGAGGAGGAUCGUGCAAUGUGGCUCAAACACCAGUUUUUAAACUUGAGUCCAUUUGCGGACUCAAAGAAACCUCAGAUGUCAAAGUCCAAAAGUGCCUUUUUCAUAUCAGCUGAAACAGAAGCGAGUGCUGCUUCGGCUCCAGAGAAGCUCGUCAAAUGCCAGUCUGACACUGCCUCCCCCACACACCGAUGUUUCCCACUCACGUCACCAUCCACAGCUGACCCAUGUCGCACACUUUGCCUUAUUCCAGAGAACAGCUCGACCAAACCAAAGACAAAGACUGAACAUGCUGAGGAAUCAAACAUCUUCUGUAAUGGCAAUGUUCUGGUUCAGCACAAACGGUGGAACAACAGUAAAGAUCACAGCAGCCGCACACUAACACGGGGGAAGAAUAGCUCUAUAUGAAGCCAAAAACUCUUGUGAAUCAGGAUUUCUAUGAAUGUCCAUAAAAAAUGGAUGAUGUGUGGUAUUUCAAUUGUAUCUGAAUGGUGAAUGCCAAACAACUUGAAGUUAGACCGUAAAAUUAAUAAAUAGCUGUUAACAGUCGAAGCCAAAUGAGUUGUGGCCUGCUGCUGGUGUUCUGUGCUCUGUGUGACUGGGAGAAAAUUUGUAAUCUAAAUUUCUUCUUUUUUUAUUAGCUCACUGUUUCCUUGUUAGAUUAUACGAUAAAUGUAUUUAUUUAUUUAUUUAUGUAAUACUGUAAAUCUUGGUUUGAAAGUCGUAUCUCACAUCUAGAAGCAUUUUAGUGUGUGGGUCAUAUUUUCUGGCAUUGCUGUGCAACAAAAGGUGUUGCUUGGCGUUUAUAUCACUAACUUUCAAGUUAUGUUAACUGUCACAGAGUUUGAGAAUGUAGAUUUAAUGCUGCUGUUUCACUGAAUGCAACAAGAGACUUGGUAAAAUAUAAAUUAUGUUUCUGUAGUUUUAUUAUAGAAAUGUGGCUGAUUAACCACAUUGCUUUCUUGUAAAUGUUGCAGUUACAUUAGAAGCAGGAGCUACAUAAUGUUUCACUUAAAUAGGAACAAAGGCUGUAAAAUUUAACACAAGUAAUGUGUAGUGGAUACUGAAGGUAGACAAGUCCAGUGUCUAUAUGAAUGUAAAUUCUUCACCAUUUUUUUUAUGAAUGUGCUUAUCGUAGUGGCUUUAUAUUGACAGAUCAAAAUAAUUCUUACAACAGGAAUGUGUCGUGAUGUAUUUUAGACAAUCUUUUAUCUUUGAAAGAUUCAUUAUAUAUUGU